AGCAUACCACUUGCCCCUCUCUCUCUCUCUCUCCCCCUCUGUACUUCAAAUGGGUGGAGAAAAAGGAAGGAAUUGGAAGGGGAGGUCAUGGUCUUGGCUCAUGGUCAUGGUCUUACUCAGUGUCUGAUCUUCUUCUCCUCUGAACUAAAAUUUUCAUCUUUCUUUUUUUAUAAGAAAAAUCUGAGGCUUUAUUUAUGUGUGUGUGUGUGUUUAUUUUUCCUUUUUCUUUCUGCCCAUUAAAUAAUGAAAAUGGCAUAUUACCAAUCAUCCAUUCCCCUCUAUAGGAAACACCCAUCAUUGCUCCCAACAAUCCUUUUCAACCUUAGAAACCUGAGCUGCUUCUUCUAAGAUAUUCCCUCCCUCCCAGUUCUUUCUAUUGUUUCUCCUACUGCCUUAUGCUUUCCAUUCACAAUUUAUAUACCUCUCUUUGUAACCUUUUUUAUUCCUCCCCUCCCUUCCUCUCUCACUUCUACCAUCCCCUCCCCCUUUUUUUCCCUUUUUUUCGUCUUUCCCCACCACAAAAUGGAUCCUUCUUCUACCAACUCUGUCAAUGGGUUCUACUCCUUCCUCACGCGUGGGAUCGAUGAUCUCGAGCGCGUCUACCUCUCCAACAAUUUCAUGUCGAUCCAAUUCCUUCAAAGGGUACUUUCACUUCUCCGAUCCUUCCACUCCCAGCUGACACUCCUCGUCCAGAAGCUCCAUUUGCCUGUGGGUGAGAAGUGGCUCGAUGAGUACAUGGACGAGAGCUCCAAGCUCUGGGAAGUCUGCCAUGUCCUCAAGUCUGGCAUAUCCGGUAUGGAAAACUACUACUCUGCCGGCCUCAACAUAACUUCUUCCCUCGACAAUCAUCGUCAUCUAAGCCCACAACUUACUCGCCAGGUCAUUCGCACGAUCUCUGGGUGCCGCAGAGAAGCUCUGGGAUUGGAGGAAGAGAACAGAGCCUUAAUGGAAACAAGAAUCCAACCGCUGUCGUUGCGGUUCGACGAGAAGGUCUCCAUCGAGUCGAAGCUAAACGGGUUCAACGGUUUCAGGGGAGUUCUCUACGCAAUGAGGAACGUGAGCUCGCUGCUGCUCAUGAUCUUGCUAUGCGGAUUGGUGUACUGCUGGCCCGAGUCGAAUUCUCUCCGGGGAGGAUACGAGGGGUGCUUGUGCUUCGGAUCGGGGUUCAUGAUAUCGACGGCGAGGCUGCAACAGAGGGUAGCGGCGGAGAUCAACCAGAUGGGCGGGAGGCCUGGGAUUCUGCUGUACGAGUUCCGGAGAUCGAAGGUGGCGAUGGAGGAGCUGAGAGGGGAAUUGGAGAGGAGGGGCGGUUCGUCGUCGCAGUCACAGGUGGUGGAGUCGGAAACAGAGGUUGGAAUUAGGGAGAGAGUGGAGAAUUUGAGAGGAUGUUUUGGGUCGUUGAGAUCUGGUGCUGACAACAUUGUUGGGCAGCUUGAUGAUUUCUUUGAUGAAAUUGUUGAAGGCAGGAAGAAGCUUUUGGACUUUUGCAGUCUUAGGUAGAGUCAGGGAGAGAGUUUCUGUAGAAAACUCAAAAAAUGUGGAUGAAUGGGUUGGUUGUAUGGAAAUUGGAAAUUGCAAAAUACCACUCUUACUUA